UCCUGCCAGGGGGAAAUGCCAAUUAGCUUUGAGCAGCAGGGGAAAAGCAGGAGCUGCCCAGUGUCCCCAGGGGGUUGUGGUUGGGAAGCUGUGUGGCGUUCCUGGCCUCACCUGUGUCCGUGCAUCUCUUGGCAGGUCGGCUUUGACCCUCACCCACCCAUGCGAGCCCCGGGCCUGCCCUCCAGCCUGGCGUCCAUCCCUGGAGGGAAACCGGCCUACUCGUUCCACGUGAGCGCGGACGGGCAGAUGCAGCCGGUGCCGUUCCCGCACGACGCGCUGGCGGGGCCCGGCAUCCCGCGGCACGCGCGGCAGAUCAACACGCUGAGCCACGGCGAGGUGGUGUGCGCCGUCACCAUCAGCAACCCCACCCGCCACGUCUACACCGGCGGCAAGGGCUGCGUCAAGAUCUGGGACAUCAGCCAGCCCGGCAGCAAGAGCCCCAUCUCCCAGCUGGACUGCCUGGUGAGGGCUGGCGCGGCUGGCGUCCCCGUGGUGGGGCUGCUGCUGUCCCCAGGGCUGUGUCCCCUGCCUUCACCCGCCUCCCGUGUUGUUAAUCAUCUUCUCCCUGUUAACAUCAACCUCUGUUCCCCACGGUGUCAUUUAUGUUUCCUCUUUCCCCCUCUGUCCUCCCUUUCCUCUUCCCCCCUUAACAUCCUGCUGCUCUUCCCU